CACCGGUUAUACGGUCGACCGCGGUCAAUCUACUUUCAACAUUCGAAAUGAAGAUGGCUGCCGAGGUGAGGUGGCUUUUCAUUUUUCACGUAUUUUCUUUAAUAUGUACGAUCUUCGGUGAGAUACCUAAUCGGAAAUUCGAAUACAAAUACUCAUUUAAGCCACCUUAUCUUGCACAAAAAGAUGGAAGUGUGCCUUUCUGGGAAUACGGGGGAAAUGCAAUUGCUAGUGCAGAAAAUGUAAGAGUGGCUCCAUCUUUAAGAAGUCAGAAAGGUGCUAUUUGGGUCAAGCAACCUGUUAACUUUCGCUGGUGGGAGGUUGAAUUGAUAUUUAGAGUAACAGGAAGGGGCAGAAUUGGAGCAGAUGGUUUAGCAUUGUGGUAUACUAGUUCAAAGGGUGCUUACAAUGGUACUGUUUUUGGUAGCUCUGACCAGUGGAAUGGUCUUGGUAUCUUUUUUGAUUCCUUUGAUAAUGACAAUAAACACAACAACCCCUACAUAAUGGCAGUUCUCAAUGAUGGCACAAAGACCUUUGAUCAUACCAAUGAUGGUACAACACAGUUAUCUGCAGGCUGUCUACGAGAUUUUCGUAAUAAACCGUUUGCUACAAGAGCAAAAAUAGAGUACUAUCAGAAUACUUUAACUGUAUUAUUCCACAACGGUAUGACGAACAACGAGCAAGAUUAUGAAAUGUGCUUCCGAGUGGAAAAUGCUGUACUACCGGAAGGAGGAUACUUCGGUGUUUCUGCUGCUACUGGUGGUUUGGCUGAUGAUCAUGAUGUUUCGCAUUUCUUAACGCAUUCGCUAUUUGUUCCCGGAGAUUCGAAGCCAGAUGAUCGGAAAGCAUUCUUACAAGAACAACAAAAGCUUAGUCAAGAAUAUUUGGAUUAUCAGAAGAAAUUGGAACAGCAAAAAGAGGAAUACCGGAGAGAACAUCCGGACGAACAUCGCGAGAAAGAAGAAUUCGAAGAAUAUUUUGAAACUGACAAUCAAAGGGAGUUGCGACAAAUUUUCGCCGGUCAAAGCCAAAUGUUUGAUGCGUUACGCGAGCUUAAUAGAAAAUUAGAUGAGAUACUUGGGAGACAAGAACGAUCUCUCAGUUUGAUAUCUCAGCUUCAAGUGGGAGGUGUUGCAACCGGGGGUCAACCAGGACAAGUUCAACUGGUUGAUACUAUACGUCGACAAGAAGUUGACAAUAUGUUAAGCAAUCAGAAUAAUUUAAUAAAUACAGCGAAAGAGAUGCAAUCUACGAUAAACGAACUAUAUUCCAAGACUGAUCUCGUUCUUAAUAAUCAGGCCCGAGCCCCAACUGCACAGGUCCAGCCAAUGGGAUAUGAUUAUCAUUCUCUAGUUUCGGAAAUGCGAGAUGGAAUUAAUACGUUAAAAAGAGAUAUAGGACAAGCAAAUGCUAAAUUAAACAGCGGCGGAGGAGACUGUCCUGCAACGAAUUGUUUGACGACAACAAUGUUUUUGCUCUUUGUCGCAAUUCAGAUGAUCAUUCUUUUAGGUUAUAGCAUGUAUCGGGACAAUAAAGAAGCCCAGGCAAAGAAAUUAUAUUAAUAAUAUUGUUUCUGAUUCUACAGCGCAAAAGUAAGGGGGUACAAAAACAAAUUUCUGUUUUUGCAUACUGACUCGAUAUUUUUAUCACUUGUUAAUGGUAUUCGUAAAGUGUGCAUUUUGCUGAACAUUUGUACAAUAAAUACAUUCUUCAUCCAUGAUAAACCUACACCAUAACACGAUAGAGAGUUACAAUUACUCUCCAAGUAAUUAUUGAUAAUGCUCAGCUUGGUAUAAUUCAAUAAUUUUACUAUUUCUUCAAAAGUGUGAUAUUUCACAAUACAAACCAGAGAGCAUAGAUGUAUAAAGAUGGCAGAAAGUACAUGUAAAUUGAAACUGAACAAUCUAAUUUUAUAAGAGAUCGUUCAGUGAUUUUCAAAAUGGAACGAACAUUAUCGUAAUUCGUUUAGAUGGUUGUGUAUAAUAUAUAUAUAUAUAUAGAAUGUUUUGUGCCACGCGCACAUCAAUUUUUUUUACUAGUUUUGUUUAUAAUACUUAUGUUUUUUUUUAUAUAUUGAUUUAUCGACAAGCGUUGUAAAAUGUAUAGAAUUUUGUAUUGGAAAUUGGCAUAUCAAAUACUAAAAGCCGAUAACUUUUCUUUUUUCUGAGAAGAUUCUAUUAUUCUUACAAGAUAGGCAUCAAUCGGGUACUACAUUCCCUUAGGCGAAUGAUCGUAUUUUAGGUACGAAUCGCGUUUCAAACGUGACAGACAGAUUGUCGCAUGCAACUGGGUCAAAUUGUAACUUUUAAAAGUUAAGAGAUAGACAAUAUAAAAUGGUGUCGAAUGGAACAUCGGCUUCAGAAAUGGAGGUGUUGGUCAUCUACACUUUUUUAAACAUUGGUCUUUCCCUAAAAUAUCUUUUGAACUAAUCAAUUUUCGACCUAAGUACCUAAUAUACAGUUCCGCUUAAAAAAUGAAAUCAACCUUGAAAUCUUUGGAACACCUCGACUUCCGGUGUUUCAUUCAGCACCAUUUACUUUUCUUCAUGACACUUCUUUUAUCUUUUUUAUUAUUUAAAAGUUAUGGUGUAGCCUAGUUGCAUGGAAUACCAUGUAUAAUCUUAAAUAUAAGGAAUCAUGGAUAUGGCUCUAUUGAAUUCGAAACAUCAAUCACUACCUAUGUUUUAUUCUUGUAUGUUGUGCAAAAGUGACGUUAAACAGAUGAUGCUGAACGAUGAGAAUGUUUCACUAAGUGAAUACGUACUUUACAAGCGUAUACAUACAGUGUAUUAGAUAGCAACGUAGGAAGGAGCUCGAACAAUCCGGAAGCUCGGUAUUCUUCAACCUUAUUGCAUUUGUAAAAGUUUAUCGAAGAUUAUAAAUGUAUGAUAAAAUAUAUCUGAUAAUAAAACCACUUAUGAAAACACCCCAA